UUUCGUUGUUGCAAAAAUUUGGAUAUUUUAGGUUACUUCACGUUUGGAACUGAAAGAUACAGAGCAAGAACAAGCUAAAUUGCCAGUCACACUCAAAAACCGAUGGGCUUCUUGACAGGGAGCUCUUGCUAUUUACACUCUUCUCCGCUUUGCCAAUCUCGCUUUCCUUCUUCUUCUUCUUCUUUUUCUCAGUCCACUUUCUUCCAUUCUUGCGCUAGAAAUGCAGAUACCAAGAGGAAGAACUUUGCUCCAAUGGCCUGUCUGUACCAUGAGGACCCAAACGACGGCGUCCACCGCAAGCGGAGGGCGAUUCUGUUUGUGGGUAUUUCAGUUCUUCCUUUGUUGCAGCUCACGGCCAGAGCUUUUGAACAUUUGGGAGCAGAAGAAAGGGAGCUAAAGGAACCAGAGGAGAACCAAGAAGCUGAGCAGGCACUUCAAAGAGAUGCUCCACCAAAUCCAUUCCUGUCUCUCCUAAAUGGAAUUGGUAUAAUUAGUUCUGGUGUGCUUGGUGCUUUCUAUGCAUUGGGUCUGAGUGAAAAGACGGCUACUAAUGCAGCAGUAGAAUCUAUGAAGUCCCAACUGAAAGAAAAGGAAGCUGUCAUUUUUUCAUUGGAGAGACACUUUGACUCAAAGCUACUGAAUGAACAGGCAGAACGAACCAAGCAACUCAGAAAGGCAAAGGAGGAGCAGCAGUGCUUAUUGAACCAACUAAAUUCAGCAAACAGUGUAAUUACAGGCUUGGGACAGGAGCUGAAAAAUGAGAAAAGAUUAAUUCAGGAGCUUAAAUUUCAAAUUCACAGUCUUGAAACCAGCGUUUCAAAUGCUAGGGAUGAUAAAAAGGCACUUGAAGAGGAUUUGAAGGAAAAGCUUGACUCAAGUGCCGUCUUGGAAGAAAGGAUUAAUUUGCUCAGUUUAGGGCUCAAGGAGAAAGAAGAUAAUGUUCAAAGUCUUAGCACUUCUCUUGCUGAAAAGGAACUAGAGUUGAACAACUUGAAUUUUACCAACAAGCAAACUAAGGAUGAACUAGCUAAAGUACAUUCAGAAAUCCAAAGAUUGGAGGUUGAAUGCCUAAAAAAUCAGAAGGAACUAGAAUUGAGAAAUUCUAUGAUGGAUGAGUUAAAUAGAAGAGUAAGUUCUUUAAAUUUCGAGAGGGAUGAUUCUAAGAAGAAAUUGGAUAUGAUUCAGGAGGAAUACAACGAUCUAAAGUCAUUUUCUGGGAAGAAGGCAGCUUUGGAUUCUAAGCUUUUGGGAGAAAAAGAAGCGGAACUUCUGCAGCUAAAUGAAAAGCUUGAGCUUGCUAUGAAUGAAAUCAGUGGAAACCAAGCAGUAAUUUCUGAUUUGACACAGGAACGGGUUAAUUUAAGGGAAAUGUUGGAUAGAGAAUUGAACAAUGUAAAGCAUCUGAAACAUGAACUCCACGUGACUAAGGAAAGUCUUGAAAAAUCAAUGAAUGAGGUGUCUGAUCUGACAAAUCAACUGGAGCGCUCCAGAGAUCUGUGCACAGGGCUUGAAGGUGAGAUAUCCAGGGUUCAGGCUGAGUCUUCUGAAGUCAGGGAAUCACUGCAAAAGGGCCUUGAUGAGGCAAAACUAAGCAGUGAAAUGGUGGCCAUGGAGCUCACAUCAGUGAAGGAACUUCUGAAGAAAAGAGAGGAGGAGCUGCAAAUUGUGUCCCAUGAACUGGCAGGUGUGGUGGAAAAUGGUGAUAGCCUACAGAAGGAACUGGUCGAUGUUUAUAAAAGGGCAGAAACUACAGCCAAUGAUUUAAAAGAAGAAAAAAAGGUAGUUUCUUCAUUGAAUAAAGAACUCCAAGCUUUGGAGAAACAAAUGUUGAAGGACAAAGAGGCGCAGAAAUCUCUCGAAACAGACCUGGAAGAGGCUACCAAAUCACUUGAUGAGCUGAACCGAAAGGCUCUAAGUCUUUCUAGAGAUAUAGAGAAGGCGAAUUCCCGGAUCUCUGACCUUGAAGAUGAAAAGGAGGUGCUUUACAAUUCUCUUACAGGGCAAAAGAAUGCAUCUAAAGAAGCCCAAGAAAACAUGGAAGAUGCCCAUAACCUCAUUAUGAGACUUGGCAAGGAAAGGGAGAGUUUGGAGAAGCGAGCAAACAAACUCGAGGAGCAAUUAGCAUCUGCCAAGGGUGAAAUAUUACGGCUAAGGAGUAGAAUAAAUUCAUCAAACGCUAUUGUAAAUAAUCAGCAACCACAACAAGGUGAAGUUGAAGGCAAUGUCCCUGUUACUGCAAGGAGAAAUGGUAGGAGGAGAAAGGCUAGUUCUCAAUAAGCUAGUGAACUAUCUUGAUUACGGUAAUCUUCUACCCCCACUUUAUGGUAAAAUGCUCAUGUAUCCUUAUAAGCGAGUUGUUCUUGAGCUCUCUUCUUCUCUGGCUUAGAUUUUUUUUUUUUGUCUCUGCGAAAUUAUCAUAUUGUACAUUAAGCACGUAUGUAUGCAAUUGCAAGGAUCCUCAUUUUCGGGUUUUGUUUCAAUUGUAUGUUUGUUACUGUACAGUAUCAAUUUCUGGAAAUUUUCACUGGUGGAAUGUUGUACUAA